AUGGCAUCUCCUCCGUCUCCCGCAUCUUCAACGAGCAGUGCUGCAUCACGAAGGUCCUUUGAUCAGGACCAGAAUAGGCCGCAGACGCUUGAGGACCUCGUAACCCACUUUGUUGCCUCCAAGCGCUCUCUGAACACCCAGACGGUGCUAUGGCGCGCGAAUGAGAUAGUCAACACCGCGCGCGAGCUGCUGGAAGAGAAUGCCGUCCUCGCAGCUAAGAACACAGCAAUACGUAACAUAGUGGACCAGCAGGUAGACGCCCUGGAAGCCGUCCGCCGUGGCAUAGACGUAGUAGAAGCCGACGUCGAGACUGAGUUCAAGCAACUCCUCCACGACGUCGACACUUCCUUCUCAGGCCUGAACUCGACCCUUGCUGUCCUCCGCGAAACGCCCAUCGAGGCUGUUCUCCAACCCCCCGGUACCCCUCAAAAGCACCUCUAUGACUUCAUCGAUAGCACCACCGUGUCCAACCUCGAGGCCACACUGCGCGCCUGCAUAGACCGCUACAACGAGGCCCGCGCGACGCUGGAUGACAGCAACGAUGCCUUCGACACCGCGCUCGACAAUCUACACUCCUCGAUAACAAACGUCCCAGUGACUCCGCUGACUACGGAAGAUCCAAGUCCCAUACCGGGCUUAUACCACCAGCUAGAAGGUCACGCGAAGGAAGCUGCACAGGCGUUCCAGUCGCUAGUCCAGCAUUACGAUCUAUGCGUGACAGCGCUGCGACACACCGAAGGCGGAUCAGCAGCAGCAACUCAAGCCACCGGCGACGCACACGCACACUCAGACGACGACUUCUCCGCGCCACCAGAGCCCAUGAGCGAAGACGAGCGCCAGGAAAUGCUGCACGUCCUGCGCAAAGACGCACACGAAGUCGAAGACGUCGUAACCGAGAUCCGCGAACGGGGCGCGGAAAUGACCUAUUUGCUCGAGCAGAUCGAGAGCCACGUCCACCACCUGCGCAACGAAGCAAACGCCCUGUCGAGCGUACUGCAGAUGAUCGCGCACAUCACGGCCGAAGUCAAGACCUACAUCGCUACGACGCGCUCUUUCCACGCCUCAUGGCUCGAAGACACGCGUCCCCACCUCCUCACCGGCAUCGAAGAGUGGGAGAACCAGCGCGAAUUCUACGAGCGUUUCGAUCUCGCGUAUGCAGAGCUGCUAGUGGAGAUAUCGUCGCGGAGGAGGAGACAUGAAAAGGCGAAGAGGAAGGCCGACGAGGCGCAGAAGGAGCUUGAUAGACUGCAUGUCGAAGACAAGCGCGCACGAGAACAGUUUGCCCUUGCGCAGGGCGAUUUCUUGCCCUUGGAUAUAUGGCCGGGUUUGAGGGAUCCGCCGCGGCAGUACGAGGUCAAAGCCGUGGCGCGUCAGAGGGAAGAGGACGAUCCGGACAAUGAGGAGGAAGAGGAGGGGGGAGAUGCAGCUGCGGUUGGUGGAGGUGGAGUGCAGAGUAUACCGCAGUUGGGCAGGAAUGUUGUGGAGCGGGCGUUGACGCGAGUCAAGCGGCGGAUGUGA